GAUCUCUCAAAGAGUUCGAUUAAACAGCUUCGCAUUUAAGAUGAUCACCUACAAGUUGCUUCUUCUUGUGCUCCUCGGUGCUCUAGUUUGCACCUCUGGCUACUCCAGGGUGCUUUUGGGUGAGAAGGUGUCCUUUGAGGAGAAGAAAAACUUCUUCCGCCGUCUUGGAUACGGUGGCGGCCUGGGUGGUGGAGGGGGCGGUGGCUUUGGAGGCGGUGGCGGAGGAGGAUUGGGUGGUGGUGCAGGUGCUGGUGGGGGAGCUGGCUAUGGUGGAGGAGUCGGUGCGGGUGGCGGUCUUGGCAGCGGCGGCGGUCUAGGGGGAGGUGGUGGAGGGGGUAUUGGAGGCGGCGGCGGUGGAGGAUUAGGUGGUGGUUAUGGUGGGGGAGCUGGUGGUGGAUAUGGCGGUGGGGCUGGUGCUGGUGGUGGGAUAGGUGGCGGAGCUGGAGGAGGCGGUGGUGGAGGGUUUGGUGGCGGUGGGGGUGGUGGUCUAGGUGGAGGAGCUGGAGGAGGGUUUGGUGGAGGAGCUGGUGCUGGUGGAGGAGCUGGUGGUGGAUUCCCUUGAAGAUUGAGAACCAAAUAUAAAGUUAUCUUUCCAAAUGAUUGCUCUAUGUUUUGCUUAUCUAAUGCUUAAAAUGUGAAGGCAAGUGCGGUCAACGAGAACUGUGCUUUGGUCUUCUUUUUGCACCUAAAAUUUUAUCUUUUUAACGUCUAAAUAAGCUUUUUCCGGCAAAUCAAUGUACUCGACAUGAGUUUCGCAGUAAUUAUAUAUUUAUUAUGUGCAGAUUGUCUGUCUCUUCUAUCUCUCAAAUGCAUAAAAUUUUGUUGGCGGACUUGUUGAAAGGUUUACAUGGACCACGAGAAAUUGUCAGAGCAAAGUUCGGAUACCCCACGUCAUAAAUUGCAAUAAUGUACUAAUUAUCAUACAUCACACGCACCAAAGAAAGAAAUAAUAGUUUGGCAAAGUGGUUAAUAAUUGAA